AUGGAUGAAAAUCUGAAAACAGGUAUUGUAAAAGAAUCAGAUCUUAAUCCGCAAAAUGGGAACGAAAAGCUUAGCAUCGAUAAUAUAUAUCAUUUUGGUGGUUGCCAUCAAUCUCAUCCAGAUAGUGAAAACCUAGAGAAACUAAAAACGGCCUUAAGGCAAGCCUUGGGAUUAGAUCCAAAUUUACCAAAACAAUGUGUUAUGAUGGAUUUGGAACAUCAAAAUAGAUUAUCUUUGCUUGCAAUAGAAACGCUAAUAGAACAAGAAGAUAUUGAUGUACAUCCAUAUGGAAGAGGUGGAAUUUACGAAGGAAUAUUGUACAGAAACAGGCCAAAAGAAAAAAUUAACAUCAUUUCGGCGUUUAUUUGGUUCGUUUUUGUUAGUUCGGUUGCUAUUAUGGCUGGGACAAUUGUCACUGUAGCAGGUAAAUACAAGUUGAUGUAUAAGUUUGGUAUUUAUAAUGUUUGGUAUUUAUAA